AUGACAAGUUUACCCUUGACGGUGACUUAUAUGUUUAAAUUAUUAAAAAGAUUCAAUUGUGACAUUUAUAUCUCUCGAUUUCUCUCCUCCUCAAUUCGCCUCAAGAAUCCCAAUCUCUCAAUCUCUCACUCUACUGCCUCGUCAGCCGAGACGGUCCUCAACCGCCUCCACAAAAAUGGCGGCAAAAUUGAGAAUACCCUAAACUCAAUGAGGCUCAAUUUGGACUCCAAACGUGUAAGUUAGGUUCUUCAUAGAUGUUAUUCCACCCAAUCUCAAUUGGGUCUUAGAUUUUUAUAUAGGCAUAGCUACUUUAUGUUUAGUAAAGUUUGUGGCUUGUUUAGGAUUAGGGAAAACCCAAGUUUGAUUUUUGAUGUUUUGGAGGCUUAUAGUGCUGAAGGUUACUAUGUUAGUGUUAAGAUGUUUAAGGUUUUGAUUAAUAUGUGUAAGGAAGCUAAGCUUGCUGAUGAGGCUUUGAGGGUUCUGCUCGAGUUCAGGUUGCGAGGGGAUAAUGUGGAUAAUGUUGUUAUAACGCUGUUUUGUGAGAAGGGUGAUUUGGAUAUGGGUGAGAGUUUGGUGAGGGAGAUGAGAGCGGUUGAGCUUUGUCCGGAUGUGAUCACAUAUAUGGUGAUGAUUAAAGGGUUUUGUAAUGCAGGUCGGUUGGCUGAUGCGUACAGGUUGUUUAAGUUAAUGAAGGAAGAUGGCUGUUUGCUUAAUGUUGUGGUGUACUCUGUGCUUCUGGAUGGAUUCUGUAAGUCUGGGGAUAUGGAGAGAGCCUUAUUGUUGUUGGAGGAGAUGGAGAAUGAAGGUGGGGAUUGUAGUCCUAAUGUAGUCGCAUAUACGACUGUGAUUCAAUAUCUAUGUGCCAAGGGUCUGUCGGUGGAGGCAUUGCAUGUUUUGGACCGGAUGGACGCUCGUGGCUGGUUACCAACUCGUGUCACGGUUAGUACUUUAAUCACGGGUUUUGUUAAGGAGGAUCAAGUUGAGCAGGCUUAUAAGUUGGCUGAUAGAGUUUUAGAAAGUGGAAGUGUCAAUAAAACUGAUUGUUAUAGUACUUUUGUCGUGUCUUUGGAAAGAUUUGGAAAACCUGAGGAGGCAGAGAAAGUCCUUAGGACAAUGCUUGAGGUUGGGAUUAAACCGAACAGUGUGGUGUGUACCAUUAUGUUAAAUAAGCGUAGUUUGGAGGGACGUAUGCUGGAUGCAUAGUGCUUGUUUGAUGAACUUGAGAAGAUGAAAUGCUUAUCUUCUAUUGACACCAAUACAUAUUAUAUUAUUUUAAUGGGGCUCUGUAAGCAAUAUCACUUGAUGGAGGCUGCGAAGCUUGCUAGGGUAAUGCUCAGUAAAGGAAUUAAACUAAAAGCUCCAUAUGCUGAUACUAUAGCUGAGGUUUUGAGUUAG